AUGGCAUCUUACCAUUACGGUGAAAAGGCCAUGGAGUGUGAUCAUCGAUCCCGCGCUACGUUGGAAUCGCCCGAACCCUUCAACAUUUUUUACCAGAACGUCGGUGGUGUUAAUAGUUGUUUGAUUGACUACUUGUUGGCGACUUCGUGUUCCUGCUACGACGUCAUUGCCUUCACCGAAACCUGGCUCAACGACCGGACCCUCUCUAGUCAGAUUAUCGGCCCAGAUUACGCAGUGUUCCGUUGCGACCGUAGUCCUCGUAACAGCAAAAAGUCUACUGGUGGUGGAGUGUUACUUGCCGUAAAAUCUACGUUUCCAGCUCAGCCGAUUGAAGACGAUUCCUGGGACAAUUUAGAACUUGUUUGGAUUCGUAUUGAUUUCGGAGAUCGAAAACUCUACUUGUGCGUAGUGUACGUGCCCCCUGACCGUUCUGGAGACUUGGCUUUAGCCGAAUCUUUUUCGCUCUGCCUCUCUAAAGUAAGCUCGAUUUGCUCUCCGGCAGACGACAUACUCAUCAUCGGUGACUUCAAUCUACCUGGUUUGAAGUGGUGCUCCUCCCCAAGCGGCUUUUUAUUUCCGGAUCCUGCUCGUUCUUCAUUCUCGGCAUCCUCCAACAUCUUCCUAGACUCCUUGAGUACCGCGACUCUUCGACAGAUCAACAAAAUUGAAAACGAAAACGGCCGUAUGCUUGAUCUCUGCUUCGUGAACGAAGGGAUCAAGAAUCCGGCGAUUGAAUCUGCUCCUGCUUCUCUUGUUAAAACUGUCCCGCAUCAUCCAGCCUUAGUGAUUUCACUCGAUAUCACUAAAAUACACGGCUCAGAAGAGAAAAUCGCUUCCUUCUAUCACGAUUUUAAGAACGUUGACUUCGAAGCUAUAUCCCUCGUCCUGCAAUCCGUGGAUUGGGAGGCUGAGCUCGAUUUCUCUAAUCCCAAUGCAGCUGCGGAGACGUUUGCGAACAUCCUGAAUUAUAUCAUCGAUCGUCAUGUGCCGAAACGCAGCACGGCUACCAAUCUACGGACCCCCUGGGUUACUGGAAGUCUUCGGAGACUUAAGACGGCCAAGCAGCGCGCACUACGCAACUACAACAAGCAUAAGUCCUUCUACACUAAGGACAUAUAUCGCAAAUUGAAUUCUGCCUAUAAGAAAGCCAGUAAGCGUUGCUACCAGAAUUAUAUUAAUCGGUUACAACAGAAUUUCAAAAGCAGUCCGAAAUCUUUUUGGAAGCACGUGAAAAAUCAGCGAAGAGAAUCAGGGCUUCCGUCUCACAUGUUCCUGAAUAGCGACACAGUGAACUCUGAUCCCGAAAUUUGUGAUCUAUUUGCCGAGAAGUUCUCUAGCAUUUUUACAACUGGAUCCAUUUCUCCUGAGCAACUGGCUAGAGCUAAUUUGCCAUUGUGGAAAGCUUGUUUCCGUUCCUAUCGACUGAACGGGAGACAUCCACCCACUCGCGCCGAAGAUCGUGAGUUGACUGGCGAUCGCUCCCGACACGACAGCUUAGCCGUCGCGUGUGAGUGUAAGCACGAUUGA